AUGAAUCCGCCCCUGAUCCAAGCACCCAUCACCACCACCACCUCAGUCUUCUCUGAUCCUCAGAUGCAGGCCCAGUUUCAAAGGCAAUAUAUGCAGCAGCAGCGGCAACGGCAGCAGCAACUAUCGACUUUCAAUCCCAACCGCAUCUCCCUCCUCAAUUCUGUUGUCCCCCGUGUGCAACAGCAGGACCAGGAACACCAUGAACCGCAACAGCAACAACAACUCCAAUUGCUACAGCUGCAACAGCAACAGAAGCAGCAGUUCCAUGAGAAACCAGCGGUUGGACCUGGACGUUCUGGCGGUCCCCGACUCAGCCUCGACACAUCGGAUGAACGGCUUCAAAAUGUCAAGGUUAUCAACCACAACAACAAGCGCUAUCUCAAGCUGUUUUCGCCCAGCCUGGUAGAAUCCCCCGUCAGCUACCUGGACCGCAGACAAUUAAGCGAGGACCGGAAGCUGUGGGAGAACGGGCCCAACGAAGCGUUUCAGAAGCAGCUUGAGAUGGAGAAGCGUGAGGCCUACAGAGCCCGUUCAAGACAGCAGCUUCGUGGGUUCUUCAUGGGCCUCUGGCUUGGAUGUCUAUUGGGGGUGCUCAUGCUCCAGCAGACCUCUGCCAAGGUCAACUUCUGGCGACACGAUGCCUUCGCUUCCUAUACGCCGCUCGUCAUUCUCCUGGUCCUUGUAAUUAGUGUGGCCAUUGUUCGCUCGGGAACGCGCUGCACGAUUGCAGCGGUGGCGACAUGUGCGGCAGUCUUGACUUGCUUUGCGACACUGAUCGUCAAUCAGAGCCGGUACUCGGCCGAGUUCCAGCUGUACAAACGCGUACCGCCUGCUUCGACGUUGCAAUAA